AUUCGAGAUUCCCUUCUAAACUCCCCGCCCCCCCGAACAACAAUUAACAUAAGGCAACACAACAGUCAAGGCCCAUAAUUUCAGGGAUAAGUGUCGUCAAAAUGCAGGUCAAUGGAAUAGCAGACGGGCGAAGGGAACAUGGACUCAGCUAAUUAUGGGCCAGAUAAUGAAGGACCAGUUAAAGGACCAGUCUUACGACGCGAUUUCGCUGGCGCAUUCCUCGCGGAGCUUCGCAUGUCCAAUCUACAAUUGACUGACGACAACAUGUAUAGCGACGGCCUUAUCCGCAACCAUGGCGAUGGUCUCACCGACAACUAUGGCGACUAUCUCGGCAUACCCGAACUCCUGGAGAUCACGUUCCACCGGUCGACACGAGUCCCAGAUCAUGAAAAGAUUCAACACCAGACAGUCAAUGUGCCCGUUCGCUCGGAUGCAUGUAAGCUCGUGAAAUGGAAGAAUACACCCAGAGACGAAGAUGAAUAUCUCUUGGUUCUAGACCAAUGGGACGGCCUGGCUAUCCGCGCCGUCAUGCCAACGGCGCAGCUGGCGUUCAAGCUCACCAUUAGGGUCGGCGGUGUGAACGUGGCGGCACCCACCGACGAGCUAGGGCCGCAGGAUUACUUCGUGUUACCGAGAUCCAAGUGCGAGCACGACUGCUGGUUGCAUUGUCGGGAGCUGUGGCAGUGCAACAGCGAGUGCCAGUGCACAAGGGAGCCAUCAACACAGCGAUGCACGACGGACUGUAGGUGCAGGCCGGAAUCGAGGGAGAUGUGGAUUGACGGCGUCGCCGACCAGAAGGGCGAGCACCGUCUCGUGCGGCAGUUUGUGACGCUGCCGGAUGAACUGAACGGGGCGUCAAUUGAACAGCAGGUGACGGGCUGUAACGUUAGGGGCGGUAUCGACAUCCAGGUCACCAUGGGUUGCGUCAAGGACCCGCCCAGCCCGUACGAGGGACUCAUGCGCCCAGUCGUCGCUGCGCAGUCUAGAGUCUUCCAAGUGCUCGUCAAAACACUCACAGGCACGACAUUGGCGUUUGACGUGACCGACGACGAUAAGAUCUGGUACCUGGCAUGGGAUAUCUGGAAAGCAACGGGGAUUCCAAUCGUGCAACAGAAACUGAUUUUUCAAAGUCAACUUCAACUUGACCGGACGAUCGCGGACUACAAGAUUACAAAGCAUUCCACAGUUCGCUUGAUUAUUCGACUCCGUGGAGGCACAGCGACGCCGGGACUGUGUAGGUACGCCGGGAAGGUCGCGGAAGCUGACCAGAUGCGGGAGUUGGAGCUUGGGCCAGGAGGCCUGAUUCGGCAGGAACUGUUUGACGAUCCGGGGUUGCAUAUGUGGGGUUAUAUGUCGACAGGGUUUCGCGUGCGCGUCAUCGAUGCUGCCGAGUUCCGAUUGCUUAAGAGCUUGGAGGCCCCUGCCAUGCCGAAGCUGCCGCGCCGGCGGAGCACAACUUCAAUCUACCCGGAAAAUGGCGACGGACAGGGGCUGUUCGCCUCUGCCGCGCAAAAAUAUAGCGAGAUGCAAGAGGGGAAUCAUGCAUCGGGAGCCCCGAGGCUUGUUCAAAAGGAAAUAUCCACAGGCUGCUUGGGAUGCCUUAAGGGAUGCUUUGGAUGCUGAACAGAUACG